AUGGGAACGUUCUUGGGACACUUUGUACCUGGUCUUUCACUUGCACUUCUUGGUCUUUGGCAUCUCUUUAACACCAUAAGGUCUUAUUGUCUUAAAGGCCCUGACACUUUCUCUUCAAAAUUUUGGUAUCCUUUCCCUAAACUCAAACAUCUCGAACUAAUCUCAAUCCUAUUCUUCUCCUUCCUCGCCAUCGUCCUCCUAACCCUAGAUUUCCCAAAUUUCAAAUUCUCUUCUUUCAAACCAGACAACCUGGAACAUGCUUCCAUGUUCCUCCACCUCAUCAUCUUCGCGUGUUUCACUCUCUUUUGCGAGCUAACCCUUUGCUCAGAUCUCUUCUCCGGCUUAAUCGGAAUCCUCGCUGCUUCUGUCUUCGCACAAGAACUCUUCCUACUUCAUUUUCACUCCAAUGAUCAUUUAGGUCUUGAAGGUCACUACCAUUUCCUUCUUCAACUCAUCGCUUUCGUCUCCUUUUCUUCGGCUCUAGCUUCUGCUUCUUUCCCUAAAUCUUUUUCCGCAGCUCUAGUCCUCUCGAUUUCGGUUAUGUUUCAAGGAUGCUGGUUCUUGAACAUGGGUUUCAUGCUUUGGGUCCCAGGGUAUGCUCCUAGAGGUUGCGUAAGCAACACGUCAACAUCUGAUAGUAGAAGAAGUAUCGUUCAUAGUAGUGCGGUGGCUUGUGAGUCUCCUGGUGCUGAGAUUAGGGCUAAAGCUUUGGCGAAUCUGCAGUUUAGUUGGAUCUUGUCUGCUAUAUUGAUCAUUACAUGUGCCUUGUGCUUCAAGUUUUCCGGCAAAACUGUGUUGCCUAAGAAUAGGUCGUCGUCGGAGUACGAGCGACUUUGCCGGCAAGGAAGUGAUCGUUCAUCAGCAGUGACGGUAGAAGUACCGGCUAGUUCCGACCAAUGA